UCUCGAAGGGGAGAGCUAAUUACAGCUGGGAACGAGUUAAGAUGACUUUUAGACUUGUCUUUUGCCGGCAAUAUGCCCCCUUUGAUAACAUAAAUAAAUAAAUAAAUAAAAAAAACCAAUCUUACAGCUAAUUGAUGGGAUCAUACUUAUUCAAAGCAAGUUUGAGUCAAAAGCAUAUGACAAUUUCGUGACCAAUACUUCUCUCUUCUUUCUCUUUCCACUGAUUGAAAUGUGUGUCUGCACGUUUAACCACUCAUGAGGAAUGAGGUCCAACCUCCACGCCACGGUUUAUAACAUUAAUAUCUGCGCAUUUGCAAAAUCCAAGAAGAAGAAGACUCAUGGAGGAGUUUCGAGGUCCAGAACCAGGACGUCACAACACGAGCGAGAUUCGAUCCCAACGCAAAUGGUGGAUCUCUGUUUUCUUCUGCGGCUUCUUGAUCUUAACCGGAGACUCUCUCGUCAUGCUUCUCUUGAACUUCUACUACGUCCAAAACAAUCGCUCAGAGAAUGACCAGUACCAACAGUACAGAGGAACAUGGACGCAAGCUCUCAUUCAAAACGUCGCCUUCCCCAUCCUGAUUCCACUCUUCUUCAUCUUACCAAAACCGGAAACAGUCUCUGAUCAAACCAACACUCGCCAUCCUCCCUUUCUUCGUGUUCUUUUGCUAUACCUUUCUCUCGGUGUUCUUGUGUCUGUUUACAGCAAGCUAUACGCACUAGCCAGAUUAUACGUAGGUUGGGGUAUCUUGGUACCUGCUCAGCUUAUUCUAACCUCCCUCUUCUCAGCUUUCAUAAACCGUCUCAAGUUCAACAGAUGGAUCAUCAUAUCAAUCAUCUUCACUCUUGCAGCUGACUUCUUCUGCGCACCUGCGUUUUCCGGGACUCCUACUGAAGAUGAAUCUUAUACUUACGGCAUCAAGGCUUGGUUGAUACUCAUAUUCCCUACUCUCGCCUUCUCCUUGUCCCUUUCCCUAACGCAGCUCGGCUUCGAGAGAGUCCUGGCCAAGACAAAGAGGUAUGGUGGUAGCAAUAAGAAAGUGUUCCGGAUGGUGCUGGAGAUGCAAAUCUUUGUUUCCUUCGUUGCCACGCUCAUUUGCCUUGUGGGGCUGUUUGUUAGCGGUGAGUUCAAGGAGUUAAAGGGAGAGAGCGAGAGGUUUAAGAAAGGGAGAACUUACUAUAGUCUGAGUUUGGUGGGGCUAGCUCUCUCUUGGCAGGUUUGGGCGGUGGGGCUGUUAGGUCUGGUGCUCUCGGUGUCAGGUUUAUUCGCUGAUGUUGUUCACAUGUGCGCUUCACCUGUUGUGGCUCUGCUUGUUGUUUUAGCUUUUGAUUUCAAGGAUGAUGACUUUGGUUGGCAGAGAAGAGGUGCUCUGUUAGGAUCAGUCUUGGCUUUAGCUUGUUACUUCUAUUACCUGCACAAAACAAAGAAGAAGGAGAUGGCAGAGCUGAACAAAAGAGACAACAACAGCGAAGAAGCUUAGUCUCUC